AUACUCACCAACCCAACCAAACCCAACAUACAUCAUAUUAAACUCCAGACAACAAGUAAUAUAAUUCUCUCUUCUCCAAAUUCUCUUUCAUCAAGUUCCAAAUCUUGUAUACACAUGGAAGGUCUAAUUCCAUUAGUAUGCAAGACAUUCAAAAGGAACAAAACUAUUCGCAAAUACAAAUCCCUCUCCUCAGAAACUAACAAUAUUAAUAAUAUUGAAGAUUUUUAUCCAGAAUAUACUAAUCGUAAAGAUUAUGAUUAUGGUGUAGAGAAUUAUCCAGAAUACCGACGUACUCAGUCAGUUCGCGCACCGGAAAAGAGUGUUUAUUAUACUCAAAAGGAUAAACAACUUGUGAGAUUCACAAGUCAUAGAAUGUUCUCAUGUGUAACGGGUGCAUGAAGUAAAAUAAAGAUUCACAAGAAAAGUAUUUCUCUUUUCUUCUC